GUCAGGAGCAGAGAGAGAGCCUGGGCACUAUCUAGGGUUGCCUGGCUUAAAGGAACAGCCUUCCCGUUCCUCAAAACCCUCUAAGCCUCCCCCUCCAGACUGUAACCUCUGUCUCCCUGUCCUGAGGACUUCUUCUCCUGAGGCCACCAUUGGGUCUCUUCUGGGGGGCCCCUGAGCACUCUCGCAGCAUGAACUGCAUAUCCGACUUCUUCACCUACGAGACCACGAAGUCAGUGGUGGUGAAGAGCUGGACCAUCGGGAUCAUCAACCGGGCAGUUCAGCUUCUGAUCAUCUCCUACUUUGUGGGCUGGGUCUUUCUGCACGAGAAGGCCUACCAGGUGCGGGACACGGCCAUUGAGUCCUCCGUGGUCACCAAGGUGAAAGGCUUCGGACGCUAUGCCAACAGAGUCAUGGACGUGUCUGAUUACGUGACCCCAUACCAGGGCACCUCUGUCUUUGUCAUCAUCACCAAGAUGAUUGUCACUGAAAACCAGAUGCAAGGAUUCUGCCCAGAGAACGAGGAGAAGUACCGCUGUACGUCAGACAGCCAGUGCGGGCCCGAGCGCUUCCCGGGUGGGGGGAUCCUCACUGGCCGCUGCGUGAACUACAGCUCGGUGCUCCGGACCUGUGAGAUCCAGGGCUGGUGCCCCACUGAGGUGGACACUGUGGAAAUGCCCAUCAUGAUGGAAGCUGAGAACUUCACUAUUUUCAUCAAGAACAGCAUCCGUUUCCCCCUCUUCAACUUCGAGAAGGGAAACCUCCUUCCCAGCCUGACAGCAAGGGACCUGAAGACGUGCCGCUUCCACCCUGACAAGGCCCCCUUCUGCCCCAUCUUGCGGGUGGGGGAUGUGGUCAAGUUUGCGGGGCAGGAUUUUGCCAAACUGGCCAGCACGGGCGGAGUUCUGGGCAUUAAGAUCGGCUGGGUGUGCGACUUGGACAAGGCCUGGGACCAGUGCAUCCCUAAGUACUCCUUUACCCGACUCGAUGGCGUUUCUGAGAAGAGCAGUGUCUCCCCAGGCUACAACUUCAGGUUCGCCAAGUACUACAAAAUGGAGAAUGGCAGCGAGUACCGCACCCUCCUGAAGGCUUUCGGCAUCCGCUUCGACGUGCUGGUGUACGGCAAUGCUGGCAAGUUCAACAUCAUCCCCACCAUCAUCAGCUCUGUGGCAGCCUUUACUUCCGUGGGAGUGGGCACUGUUCUCUGUGACAUCAUCCUGCUCAACUUCCUCAAGGGGGCCGAGCAGUACAAAGCCAAGAAGUUUGAGGAGGUGAAUGAGACGACGCUGAAGGUCACAGCCCUGGCUGACCCAGUGUACCCCAGCGACCAGACCCCAGAGGAGAAGCAGUCUACAGACUCGGGGGCCUACUCCAUAGGCCACUAGGCACCCCCGGGUCCCACACUCACCCGAGGGCCCCAGGCCUCCUAAUGAGGCCCACUUGGGCAGUGGUGGGGAGGAGAGGGGUUCUCAUCCCUGCAGCUCACCCCAUGAGGCCACAGCAACCCCCCAGGUGUCAGGCCUCCUUUGCUCUGGCAGACAGGUAGCACUCCCUGCUAAGAGCUCAGUCACACCUCACCCCUACCGCACCCCAUCUGUUUCCCACAAGUCCCAGGGUUGCAGCCCUUGAGUUCGCCCCUUCCAAGCAUAGCGAGAACCGCGGUAAUGACACGUGGCCACUGGGGCCUACCCCGUGCUAGGUACUUGCACACACAUUAUCUCAUUCAAUACUUAGAAUAACCCUACCAAUUAUGAAUAGAUAGUAGUUUCCCUGAUUUAAAGGUAAUCUGAGGCUCAGAAAGGCUGAGUCAUUUGCCCAAGGCCACACAGCCAGGAGAUUAGUCCGGGUCUGACCAGUGCCGUCACCCAAAUCCCAAGAGAGAACAUGCUGAGUGCCUCCUUCCAGUUGCCAAGCUGCCUCCCUACCCCUGAGGGGCCACAGCGACCACCUAGGUGUCAGGCCACACUUAGCUUAAUGAAGAGUAGUAGGCCCCACGCUUUCCCCAAGCUCUGGCCCCAUUUGGGGAGGCCAGUUAGACAGCACGCAGUCUUAUCUCCGACUCUGUGGGUCCCGGAUUCAGAAGGCAUGACGGGGCACAUGAAUGUCGGUGAAUAUAUUCCUACCUCACCCAGAGCUCUGUCUCCAGAUCAGAGGUGGGUUCAUUCCUGUUCUCCCUCUGGGCCCCUCACUCUGGCAGCCACUUACGCCACCCCCAGGUGGUAGGUAACUCCGAGACCUGGGGUCCUGUCUUUGCAGGUGAGGUCCAAGGGCUGAAAGGUUCCAGGGAGCCCCAGGGCCCUGUGAGCUGCAGGGCCACUCCCCACGGGGCCUUACUCAGCUGCUCAGUCCUCUAAGGUUAAGCUGAAGGAAAGCAUCUUCCCAGCCCCCUGGCUUACAAAUGAGCAAACUGAGACCCGAGAAGGAAAUGCCUUGCCCAUUGCCACAUAGUGGCCCAAGGAGAGCCCAAGUGUCCUGCCACUCAAGGAAGGAGACAAGAACAGGCGUUGGAAGUGCUGCCAAUAAUGUCAGGUCUCCCCUGCUGCCUCCAGCCUAGAUGCCCCCUGUCCCUUCUCUGGUCCCUUACAGUGAGAGGCCCAGAAAUCUCACCAGGGCAGAGCCCAGAAGCAGACCCAGGUUUUGUGAAACCUGAGGUAUAUACAAUUUGGGGAUAUCUUAAAAAAACAAAUACAAAAUUAGGUGUUAAAAGAGGCCCAUAUAAAUGCGUGUCCCUGAAGUAUACCGUUUCCUUAGCUUCAUGGUAAAUCUGCCCUGG